UUUUCUGAACAUGCAGGGGCACCCAACGCCCUAAGAAGACAAAAUGACCGGGCCUAGUGGAGCUUACGGGCUUCGAAACAGCAUACAGCCUGCUAGAGAGUUUGGCGAAGCCGAUGUCGUUGGAGGAGGCUUCAGGGUUUCCAGCUUCCCCGCCAACGCUGGCUACAACCGCCACAUUGCGGGCCAGCCGCCGCUGCCGCGCUCCGGCGAGACAGUGGACCCGCGGCGCCUCACGCAGCUGGCGCGGCAGCGGGUGGUGAACCGCGCCAACGCCAUCGCACAGUACGGGCCGUACGUGUACCAUGAAAUGGUGCCUGACGAGGCAGCGGCGGCGGCGGAGGCCUACCACCAAGCCGCCGCCGCCGCCGCCGCCACCGCCGCUGCCGGAGGCUACUACUAUCCCCCGCAGCCGCCAGCGGGGCCGCCGCAGCCGCCGCAGCCCUCCGCCGGCGGCCGCCAGCGCCGCGGCUGGCAGGACCUGCGUGCCAGCCACCCCCAGGCAGCGGCGGCGGCGGCGGCGCCGGCACCACACGGCGCCGCCGAUCCCGGCGCGGCGGCCGCCUUCGCGGCGGCAGCCGCCGCGGCUGUAGCCGCCUACCACCAGGCGGCAGCAGCAGCAGCCGCAGCCGCUGGUGCUACUGCCGACGGUGCGGGUGCUACUGCCGUCGCUCCGACGGCACACGGCCGGCCGCAGUCUCCAGCGGUGCAGUCCCAGCAGCAGGGGCAGGGGCACCAGCAGGGGCAGGGGCAGCACCCGCAGCACCAGCAGGGGCAGCAGCGGGGGCAGCAGCACCAGGAGGGGCGGCAGCACCAGCCUGAGGUGCUCACAGUGCACCACCACCAAAGCGGCGGCGGCGGCGGCGGCGGUGCGGGAGGCGCUGGCGGCGGUGCGGGAGGCGCUGGCGGCGGCGCUCACAGGAUGGCGACUGUGCGCGAGGACGAGGGGGAGGUGGAGGGCUCUGGCCAGGAGGCGGCGGCCAUGGCGCUCAGUAGCGGCGAGGAGGAGGUGGAGGGCGAGUAUGAGGAGGAUUAUGCGGAGGAGGUGGAGGUGGGGGUGGAGGAGCACCCGGAACAGCCGGAUUCACCACUCAGGGGCGUCGUCCGUGCCGCGGCGGCGGCGCCACGCACGCCAGCGGAUCCGGCAGUAGCAGCAGCAGCAGCGCAGCUUGCUACAGCCGCCGGGAUGGCGGCGGCCGCCGACGCCGCUGCCAGGGUUGCAGCCGCCGAGCGGUGGCUGGCUGCUACUGCCGCGGCGGCGGGGCAGGCGCUGCCGCCGGCGGAUGCUGCUGCCUCCUCCUUGGCGGCGGUGGCGGCGGCGGCGGCGGCGGUGGCGGCGGGGCACAGCGACAUCACACUGCGCCCGCGCGGCGCCGCCGACAUGGCUGUAGCAGCUGGCGGCGGCGACGCCGGGGCACACCAGCCGCCCACGCCCAGCGCCGCCACCGGCGCCGCCGGCAGCCCCUUCCACACGGCGGCGGCACCGAGGCCGUCGACUCCCGAUGCCGCGGCGUCAGCCGCUGCCGCCGCCGCCGCUGCCGCCUACCACCAGGCCGCCGCCGCCGCUGCCACCGCCGCCGCCGCCGGUUUCCCUCCCGUCAUGACCUCGCCGCCGCGUCCGCCACACGGCGGCAUUGUGUAUCGUGACCCCAACGACGCCAUUCGGGAGCACACCGGCCGCAGCCCCGGCGGCAGCCCCAAUCACGGAGCCGCCGCCGCCGCCGCCGCCGCUGCAGCCGCCGCCGCCGCUGGAUAUGCUUCGCAUCAGCAGCAGGCGCCGCUGCCAGGCGGCCCGCCGUCGGCGCUGCUUGUGGACCCGAGUGCGGUGGGCGGCGGCGGCGGCAGCUACGGCAGCAGCGGCGUGCGACUGGGUGACUCGCUGCAGGGGCCGCUGCCGGGCGGGUCCAGCCCCAGGUCUCCCGGCUAUCCCGGCUAUCCCGGCUACCCCGCUGGCGGCCCCCACGCCCUCUUCAGCAGUGUGGAGGGCGGCCGCGCGCCGCCGCCGCGCCCCGGCGCCGGCGCCGGCGCCGCUAACCGCCGCCCCGCCACCGCCGGCGGCGCAGGCACCCCGCCCCGCCCCGGCACGGCGCCGGCCCACUCCCCCGCACGAGUACGAGAGGCCGGCAAGUCCGUACGUCAGUCGUACGGCGAUAGCGGUUAUCAGUACAAUGAGCAAGCGGCGGCUGCAGCCGCCGCCGCCGCCGCGGCGGCGGCGGCAGUAGCGGCGGCGGCGGCGGCGGGUGCUAGGGGCAGCAGCGGCGGGGGUGUUGGGGGCGCGCAAUCGCCGGAGGCAGCGGCGGCGGCGGCGGCGGCGGCAGCCGCUGCCGCUGCGGCGGGGCAGCAGCAGCAGCAGCAGCAGCAAUGGGAGUCUGUGGCGCCGGUGGAGUAUGACCCGGCGUAUGUGCGCUACGCCAACCUGAUGGCCAAGGGGGAGUUCGCGGGCGUGCCGUACCCGGAGUUCCUGCGGGGGGCACAGACGGGUCCCUCCUGGCGCGCCUUCCUCAUGCGUUCACGUGACCGCGACGGCUCCCCCCGCGGCUCCCUGCCGGCGCUGGUGGCGGGCGUGCGGCGCAGCGUGCAGGGCGGCCCCGACCCGGCGCAGUGGAAGGAGAAGAGGCCCAAGCACCUCAGCGACACGGAGUGGGCGGAGCGGCGCGCCAAACGCGAGCUGUGGACGGCCCGCAGCGCACUGGCCGCCGACGCCCGCACCCUGCGCGCGGCGGCGCGGCUGCUGCGCGGCGAGAACCGGCGGGUGGGCGGCGAGGCGGCGGCGCUGGCGGGCAGCCUGGAGGGGCUGGGGGAGGGGAGCCUGAGUCCGGAGUUUGUGCGGCUGCAUGCGGAGGCGGUGGCGCGCCGCGCGGCGGCGGCGGCUGGCGUGGCGCCGCUGCUGGCGGGCACCUCAGGCCUGGACGCCCAAAUGCGGGACGUCGGAGCAUACGCCGCAACCGCCGAGGCUGCCGGGGCCGCACAGGCGGAGGCGGUGGCAGCCGCCGCCGCCGCCGAGGCCGCCGCCGCCGCGGCGCAGCUGGCGGCGGCGGCGCACGCCACCGCCGCGGCGGCGGGCGCAGCGGAGGACCUGGCGGCGAUAAGGCAGGCGCAGGCCAUCUAUCCGGGUUACCCGGGCUAUCCCCCAGCCCAUCCCCACGGCUACCCGCCCAUCAACCAGCAGCAAGCGGCGGCGGCGGCGGCGGCGGCGGCGGCGGCAGCGGCGGCGGCGGCGCAUCCGCCGGCCCGGCCCUCCACCGCCCCCGGCGCCGCAGGCGCGCCGUACGGUUACAAUUACGGUUACGGUUAUGAGCAGGCGCCGUACGGCCACCAGGGCCACCUGCCGUACGGCCAAUGGCAGGGGCGGCGGCGGGAUGCGGGGCACUUCCGGCACGUGCCGCCUGCGGAGAUGUGGCAGGCGCGCGACGCGGCGGCAGCGGCGGCGCUGCGGCGGCGGGUGGACGGCGCGUGGCGGGCGGGGGCGGCGGAGGCGGUGGCGGCGCUGGUGCCUCAGGGCGCGGACAUGGACGCCAUGCUGGAUCUGGUGACGGCGGUGCGCCAGAGCAAGGCCGCGCCGUCGGCAGAAGCAGCAGCAAGGGCCGCAGCAGGCGCGGCAGUAGCAGCAGCAGGGGCAGUAGCAGCAGGGCCAGGGGCAGUAGCAGCAGGGCGGCCGCAGGGGCUGCAGCGGCAGGUCACGUUUGCUGACAACGUGGCCCCGGGAGCGGCGGCGGCGGCGGCGGCGGCGGCAGCGGCGGCGGCGGCGGCGCAGAUUACCGCUGCUAGUGCUGCUGCUGCUGCUGCGGCGACGACGGCAGCGGCGAAAGCCGUCGCGCCAGUAGACGAGGAGGAGGAGGAGGAAGCUGAGGACGGAGAGGGAGAGGGAGAGGGAGGGGCCGGGCAGGAGGGCCCUGCAGCCAAGGCGCGGCCUGCCAAGCCGCCGCCACCGCCACCACUCUACUAUCACGUGGAAAGGCCGUACAACGAUGCAAUGGGGGCGGCGGCGCUGGCGGCGGCGGCGGCGGCAGUUCCCUGGCAGUUUAAUCCCUGGCAGGCCCCCGCGGCGCCGCCUAUCCCGCUGGACGCAUCGCCGCCGACGCCGGCGCCGCCGCCGGCGCCGCCGCCGCCGGCGGCGGUCGUGCGCCCGGCAACCGCGCCGGCUGCUGUCAGCCCGCCACCCGCACCGCGCACGCCACCGCCUACGACUGCUGGUGCUGCUGGUGCUGCUGGUGCAGCAGCGCCGGCCGCGCCCGCAACCCCCGCGGCGCCUGCCGCCGCCGCCGCCGCUGCCGCUGUGGCGGCCCCGCCCGCCUCCCCACCUGCAGCGUCGCCCCGCCCUAAACAGGCAGAGCGAGACGAGGAAGCGGACGAGGAAGAGGAAGAGGAGGACGAGGGAGAGGAGGGAGAGGGAGAGGGCGAAGCAGGAGCAGCCCCGGGCGAGGUGGGGGAGCCGGAGGAGCGCUGGAUGUCGAGGCGGUAUGUGUUGCUGCUCAACGCACGGGCGGCGGCGGAGGAGGUAGCGCCGCGGGCGCCGCCGCCGGAUGCGCCUCUGCCGCUGGGGGCAGCGGAGGGCGGCACCCUGUACGACGAGCAGGCAGGCAAGCCGCCGCCCGCCACGCCCCGUACGACAGCCGCCGCCGCCGCCCGCGCCGCCGCCGCCGCAGCCGCCGGCGGCGCCACGCCCGCUGCCGUACGGGCGCACGCCAUCCUGUCUGUCAUGGGCGGUCGCAAGAUGGAUCCAGCUGAGCUGGCAAUGUACCGCCCGGAGCCGCCGCCAGUGUACUACAACGCUAACGGUCAACCAUACGUGCUGAGCCGCCCGCCGCCGGUGGUUGCGGCCGGCCAACCGCCGCCGCCGCCGCCCGAGCCGUACACUGGCCACGGGCCGGGCCCUGCCACUGACUGGCUCCUGGCGCCCAGUGCCUCCUCCCACCUGGCGCUGCUGUACCUGUCCAGCCGGCGGCCGGUGCCCCACCCCGCCGACUUCCUGGCGGCCGCGGAGGGCCACUACACAGGCGGAGGGGCAGACAGCUUGACCAGCCGCCUCAGCGGCCGCCAGCCCGCAGGCGACCUGUUCCUGGAGUACGGCAGUCCGGGGCGGGCGCCGUACGGCGAGACGUACCGCCACGUGGGCGCCUGGGGCGUGCGGGACAGCGGGCUCGUGGGGGAGCGGCGGGCGCGGGAGAUGGAGCUGGCGGGCAGGUACCGGCAGCCCGAGGCGUACGCGCAGGCGGACCGCUCGCUGGCGGCGCGACUGAACCUGGACGACCCAGAGCUGGAGGAGCGGGCGGACGAGCUGAGGGAGAGCAUGAAGCAGGAUGCCUACAAGGACAAGCUGCGCCAAGCUGGAGAGGACAUGCGAGACAGGGAGUACGAGGAGUACGGGCACGUCAAUAGUGCACCAAUGGAGGAGGAACAGGAGCAGGAGGAGCGGGAGGAGAGGGAGGAGGCGCGGGGGAGGGAGGACGAGGGCGGAUCAAGGAGGGGGUCGGGCGGGUACGGGGAAGAGGCUGUGGCGGACGAGGACAUGCAGGAUGACGAUUAGGGCCGGUUAUCAUUGAUAAUGAGGUUGUGAGGGAAGGAUUCGCUGCAGAUGGAUCGAAGUGGGGGACCACAUCGGGCGGAGAUGGCUGCGGGCUGCCCGACAGGGUUUCGCCCGCCCCCACGGCC